UGUGCACCAGAAAGGGCAGUCUCAGGUAUGCGCUUUCAACUGGCAUCGUCAUGAAGUUACGGACGCUAAUGAUCUAAGAUCUGACCAGCACCCCGCCCGACCACACUCGCCAGUCGAUUAGCGGUACGAAGACACGACACAACUAGACACGAUGUCGAACACAAUGGCACAGCCGGCUGAAAGUUCGGUGAGCUACGAUCUUACCAGGAAAAGCCAUAUGGGGGGAGACUGCAUUCUGAAGCGCUUUUCACAUUGGUUUUGGUCGGUGUGGAUGAUCGCCGGGUCUGGGACCCACGAUGCCCUUGCGGAUCCCGCGAAUCACCCCAAAGCGACAAACGGUGCCUCCACAAAGACGAACGGAUGUGCUGGAACAGCGAGGGGUGGUUUGUCUGCCACUGGAGAAUGCGACACAGGACUGCGGGAACAGUCCUCUGGAAACGAGCAUAAUUAUCCUUGCAAGGCAUGCCAGACAUGGGGUGUUGUUUGCGACCAGCAGAGACCGCGCUGCUCGCAUUGCUUGGAUCAGCAGAUACUGUGCUUUUAUGUGGCACCUCUGCCAAAACCACCGAAGCGGUCAAACAAGUCGCGUUCCCGCCACGUUGAGAUCGUAAAUUCAUCGCCCAGACUGUUGACGAGUUGACUUUUAAUGAAUCACGAGUGAAUGAAGUUACUUUGGUCUUUCUACACAGCUCUUCUCUUAUC